GAGUUGUCAAAAAACUUGUCAUCCCUCACAACAGUGGCCUCCUGCUUUUAUUCAUCCAUAAAAACGCCGCAACAAGUUUGAUUUUUCAUCAAAAAAAUUAUUAGUUAACUUACGAAAAUGCCGCGCAGAAAUAUAGGCCCAGGGCCCGGAAAGUAUUUAUUGCCCCCGGUAGUCGGUUUCGAACGUCACGACUUCACAAGAUAUCGGAAUCCCCAGUAUUCGAUGGGCCUGCGGCUGCAAUCGAUUCACAAAGCUUUGGGGCCGGGACCGAAAUAUCCCAUCGAGAAAAUGACUAGAUUCGGGAAAGCGAGCCCGCCAGCUUAUUCGAUAAAGUGGAGACAGAAAACGACCGGCACUUUUCACACUCCCGGGCCCGGCACUUACGCACCCGAAAAAGCGCCCAGAAUGAAGGAGCCCAGACCGCCGGCUUACUCCAUGUCCUACAGAUACCCGGGAUACAGACCUUACGUUACUCCUGGCCCGGACAAAUACGAAGUCCCGUCGACAUUAGGCCCCAAAGUGCCUGAUAAGCCUGCGAAUGCCGCAUACAGCAUGUCGUUUAGGCAACAUUUGCGAGACGCGGAAACGUCGCCGGGUCCCGCGGCGUACAAGGGAUGGGGGGGCGACGCGCACCGACCGAGAGCUCCCAUAUACACUAUAUCUCCCAGAGUUUUCCCUCCAGAUAAGCAAGAAAUCACACCCGGGCCUAUAUAUUUCCCAAAGCUGCCACAAAAACCUGGGUAUUCAUUCGGGUUGAGGACAGACUUGGAACCCUAUAUCACGGCGGACGAUGAUAUGCCGUGUAUCAACAGAGACUAAGUAAACUCGUAUGGAAAUCCAUGUAAAAUGUGAGGGAUUUAAAAUAAAAGUUGCAGAAUAUAAUAAAACUUUAUUAAAAAUUUCAUACAAAAAAUGUGUAAGUUCGAGUAAUAAAUGGUUAUUAAA